CAGAGUAAAGACAAAAUUUUUAUAUUUUUAAUUAUUUUUGACUCAAAAGAAAAUCCGAUAUUUACGGGUUUGUUGGGUAUUUUUUUUGUUUGGGUUUCCAUUUUCAACCCUUCGAUGACAUCCAGAAGGUGAAUCUGCGCCGUCGGGUUGAACCACCACCACGUCUCUGUUCUGUUUCUUUGAACAAAGAAAAAAACCAGCAGAGUGCUUAUCUGUCACCAUUACAAAAAAGAUACGUAUAAGAAAAUAAGACAGAGAGAGAUUCCCAAGUGGAUUUUACUGUGAAACUCGUAAUUGGUACUGGGUUUUCCUCUGAAACCUCAAACUCUCUCUCUCUCUCUCUCUCUCUCUCGCGGAUUGUGAGUUGAGGUUUUCCGUUUAAACUCUGCUUGUUAGUUGGGAAAAACAUGUUCCUUGUGAUCCCAUGAUGUUGUUUGAGAUAUGGACAUGGUAGCUUCCACUGUAAGGAUCAUAGAGCUCUUGAUUGAUUCCUGGCCCUUAGAAUUCUAAAUCAUUGUAUAGGAAAUAGCUUCAGAUCCUCAAUAGCAAAAGUCACCGUCACCGGUUGCAUAAAAAUUUAUACUUUAUGAUGUCAAAUUCGGAGAAAUCAUAUGCAUCACUGCCUUCAUCGUCAUCUUCAUUAUCUUUAACCUCCUUAUCAGUCCAUGAGAUAGAUCCUCUGUUUAAGGAUUUGAAUGAGAAGAAGCAGAGCUUCAGGCGCAACGUGGUGUCGUUGGCGGCGGAGUUAAAGGAGGUUAGGAGUCGCUUAGCAUCUCAAGAGCAAUCAUUUGCCAAAGAAUCCUUAACCAGACAGGAAGCUGAGACAGAGGCUAAAAACAUGGAAGAAGAGUUUACUAGAUUGCAGAGGAGAUUGGAAGAAAGGAAUGGACAGCUUCAGGCCUCAGCAUCUACUGCUGAGAAGUACCUCAAGGAGUUGGAUGGUCUUAGAUCACAACUAGCAGCCACUCAAGCAACUGCAGAUGCUAGUACUGCAUCGGCUCAAUCUGCUCAACUCCAAUGUUUAACACUUCUGAAGGAAUUGGAUGAGAAGAAUUUCGCACUAAAAGAGCAUGAGGAUCGUGUAACAAGGCUAGGAGAGCAAUUAGAUAACCUGCAAAAGGAUCUCCAAGCUAGGGAGUCUUCUCAAAAGCAACUGAAAGAUGAAGUUUUGAGAAUCGAACAGGAUAUAAUGCAAGCUGUCUCUAAAAUUGGGGCAAACAAGGACUGUGAACUGAGGAAGAUAUUAGACGAGGUUUCUCCAAAGAAUAUUGAGAAGAUCAAUAAGCUUUUAGUUGUGAAGGAUGAAGAAAUAUCUAAGUUGAGAGAUGAAAUCAGGGUAAUGUCUGCUCACUGGAAGCAUAAAACUAAAGAAUUGGAGUCACAGUUAGAGAAGCAACGAAGAGCUGAUCAGGAACUUAAAAAGAGGGUGUUGAAGUUGGAGUUCUGUCUCCACGAAGCUCGCUCGCAGACACGCAGACUCCAAAGGAUGGGAGAGCGAAGAGACAAAGCUUUGAAAGAGCUUAAAGAGCAGUUAGCAGCAAAACAGCAGGUUGAACCAUCGGGUGCUGAAAAGCAUAAGUUCUGGGAAACUUCUGGAUUCAAAAUCGUGGUGUCCAUGUCAAUGCUAGUAUUGGUAGUGUUCUCUAAGCGAUGAAAUCAUUGCGUUGAAAUAUUUACUGUGUAUAAAGAAGCUGAAAUUUUUAAAAUUUUAGUUGAGGUGCUUAGGAAUAGUUGCAGGAGGCCAUUUUGCUUGAAGAUAUGCUCAUUGUAGAGGUUCUCGCUCUUUGUGUAGCAGUAGCUGAGAAGUACAUUUCGCUCUUCUCAUAGUUAGAAGUUAAGAUACUACACUUUCGGUAUAUAUAUCAAAUAUUGAGUCUAUGUAGGGCGUUACUUUUUAUGCUCUUUGAGUAAUAUUUGCUAGUAGACUAUUUUUGUCA